UCAGAGGCGAGGAAGCCCCGCCCCGGCCGGGCGUGCGCCUUUUCUGACAACCAGGGCCUCACAACCCUUACCCCCAACCCUCGCGGGGCUGUCACCAGAAUCACCACGCGUCCUGCAGACUGCAGCCUCGACCCGGGAGGGAGACAGCGACAUGGCGGCGGCCAAGCCCGAGAACCUCUCUCUGGUGGUGCACGGACCCGGAGACCUGCGCCUGGAGAACUAUCCGAUCCCUGAACCAGGACCAAAUGAAGUGCUGCUGAGGAUGCAUUCCGUUGGAAUCUGCGGCUCAGAUGUCCACUACUGGCAGCAUGGUCGAAUUGGGGAUUUUAUUGUGAAGAAGCCAAUGGUGCUGGGGCAUGAAGCUUCAGGAACAGUUGUAAAAGUGGGAUCAUUGGUAAAGCACCUAAAGCCAGGGGAUCGUGUUGCCAUCGAGCCAGGUGCUCUGCGAGAAAUGGAUGAAUUCUGCAAGAUUGGCCGAUACAAUCUGUCGCCAUCCAUCUUCUUCUGUGCCACGCCCCCUGAUGACGGGAACCUCUGCCGGUUCUAUAAGCACAACGCUGACUUCUGCUACAAGCUUCCUGACAAUGUCACCUUCGAGGAAGGGGCCCUGAUUGAGCCACUGUCUGUGGGGAUCCAUGCCUGCAGGCGAGCUGGAAUCACCCUGGGGAACAAGGUCUUUGUGUGUGGAGCUGGGCCAAUUGGACUGGUCACUUUGAUCGUGGCCAAGGCAAUGGGUGCAGCCCAAGUGGUGGUGACUGAUCUGUCUGCCACUCGGUUGUCUAAAGCCAAGGAAGUUGGGGCUGAUUUCGUCCUCCAGAUAUCCAAGGAGAGCCCUAAAGAAAUUGCCAGUAAAGUGGAAGAUCUGCUGGGGUGCAAGCCAGAAGUUACCAUCGAGUGCUCGGGGGUGGAGCUGUCCAUCCAGGCGGGCAUCUAUGCCACUCGUUCUGGUGGGACCCUGGUGCUCGUAGGACUGGGCUCUGAGAUGACCACUGUGCCCCUCGUGCACGCAGCCACCCGGGAGGUGGAUAUCAAGGGCGUGUUUCGAUAUUGCAACACGUGGCCGAUGGCGAUUUCAAUGCUUGCAUCCAAGUCUGUGAAUGUAAAGCCCUUAGUCACCCAUAGGUUUCCUCUGGAGAAAGCUCUGGAAGCCUUUGAAACAUCCAGAAAGGGAUUGGGGUUGAAAGUCAUGCUUAAGUGUGACCCCAAUGACCAGAAUCCCUAAUAUUAAUUGGGCUCUGCCCUCACCAUUUCCGCCCCACCCCCCACCCCCCAGUAUCUCCAGGCAGGGAUGGGCUUUGAAUACAGAAGUUUCUUUUGAGUAAUGAAAACAAUUCAUUAUAACCAGAAAGCCUUACAUGGAGGAAUUGGUGUGCCUUAAAAACACAAGUAGGGGCAGUUUGGGGGAAUUUGCAGCCAGAAUGACCUGUUCAUGCAGAGCAAAGUUCAGCAAGUAGAGCAGAGUUUGGUGUAGGUACUGGGAACUCCCCUUCUUCCUGGAGCGCCUGAGUUGAGUAAGGAAAGAAAUCUGCCCAUUGGGUUCCUGGUUCCACUACGACUGGCCAGGUGGGGAUGGGAGCUGAGUUAUGAAGAGAUAACUUUAUCAAGACUUAACUGGCCCAGAAAUUGAUUUUCAUGAAAAUCUCAGCUCAGGGUCUGGGAUGAAGCGUUCUCAGCAGUUUUAUAGUUUAGAGCACAGUGUUUCUAGACAUAAGUGCUAUUUGGUUUGAUGAUAAAAGACUUUAAGGGACUGACCUUCCUGCAUCUAGGAUAAUUUUUAAAUCUAUCAAGAAAACAAAACAAUGCUGAAAUCCCUCAUAAGGUCCAACCAGCUUGCAUUCUCCAAAUGUAAAAAGAGUCAGGCAAGUUCUCAAUAUUGCUUAAAGAUCACCUUUUCUUGAAUUCCUAAGAGUUCUCUGUGACUUAAACUACCUUCCCAGCGCUCCCCACCCCCACCUGUCUACUUUCAGGGGCAGUCCCUGAGGGCUCCUUUGUCACUAGACAACGGGGGAGGCGUCCUCACAGGAUUUGCCCCCGAAGUGUCUGGCCAGUGCACCCGUCUUCCCACCCCACAGGGUUAGCAUUCCUUUCACAUUCAUUGAUGAUAGACAAUUCCAUUUAAUUCUGGUAGUUAUAAACAGAAAGCCUUCCUCCUCACAGCCUGUUAAAUAAAGCUCUUGGUAUCUUUCUGUUUGAAUGAUCUCUCCGAUCUUGUUUUGAUCAUGGGGUUUUCUUGGGUAAGAUUUGGGUCCAAAUCACUUUUUGCCCAUUUGUGACUUUGAGAUUAUUGGUCAGGAAUGAGGAUAUUGUAGCUGUGACCUAACUUGGGUUGCAGCCUUUUAAUCCUUCACUUCAGCUGGGAGUGGAGGGUGACUUUGAAGAGGUGCUGGCUUUCUUGUGACUGGGGCAGGCCAUGAUCGCUGCUUGGAAUUCCUCAAACUGCUUUGGGUAAUAAAUUGUGCUUGUGGUACCUGA